AUGGCGACGCCGCUCCCCGAGCUAAACAUUCCGCACUCAACCUCGACAGUGCACGUCUCCAUCGUCAAUACCAGCGGGCAAAUCCGCGGAGUGCCUACGUGGAGAUUCAUUGCGCCUCCAAUUCAGGGUCACGACUGGCUCUCAACACCAUGUUACUCAUUCCUUGUACAACAUCCAACGCUGCAGCGCUCACUUCUGUUUGACCUGGGUAUAAAGAAAGAUUGGGAGAAUUAUCCGCCGUAUAUGCUGGAGAGGUUCACCAAGGCUGGCGUUGCUCUCAUCGUACCAAAGCAUAUCCGAGAGAUCUUAGAUGAGGGAGGCGUGGACACAAAGUCGCUCGAAGCAAUCAUCUGGUCGCACUGGCAUUUCGAUCACACUGGCAACCCAUCGACGUUUGAGCACAGCACCAAGUUGAUCGUAGGACCAGGAUGCAAGGAGAAAAUAUUCCCAGGUUACCCAGAUAACCCAGUGGCCCAAUUCCUUCAAAAGGACGUCGAAGGCCGAGAAAUCAAAGAGCUCGAUUUCGCUGAAUCGCCUUUGAAGAUCGGACAAUUUGACGCUGUCGAUUAUUUCGGGGAUGGGUCCUUUUAUCUCCUUGACUCGCCUGGUCAUGCCAUAGGCCAUCUAUGUGGACUUGCGCGCGUGACGAGCAACCCGGAUAGCUUCAUCCUCAUGGGUGGCGACGCUGUACACCAUGGCGGCGAACUGAGACCACAUCGCUGGCAUCCGUUGCCAGUAUCCAUCGAGCCCCAUCCGUUCACAGGGCUGAGCUCGGAUUGUCCAGGCGAAAUGUUCGACGGCGUCCUCAGAGAUGGUAAAGACCAGCCAUUCUACCUCCCAGCUGAUCCUGCGAACGUGCCAACAGCUCCACACUUCAAUAUUCCAGACAUGAUUGAUUCGAUAAAGAAACUCCAGGAAUAUGACGCCCAUGACAAUAUUCUGGUUGUGCCUGCGCAUGACGAGUCCAUGCUCAGCGUUGCGGACUUCUUUCCUAAGUCGGCAAACAAUUUCUCCGAGAAAGGGUGGGUAAAGCAGGCCCGGUGGCUUUUCCUGCGAGAUUUCGCAAGGGCAGUAGGAUACGAGGGCGAGUUGGUUGGCAAGGUCGACUUUUCGCCAUCGGCAGAGGAAUAA